AAGCUCGGGUCUGGUCUGGUCCGUCUUCCAGAUAAGCAGGGGGGAAGCCCCUGGGAGCCGGCGGCCUCCACGGUCGCCCUUUUCUUCUUGACGCUGGGAUGCUCGUGAACCAGCUGUAGUUUGAACAUUGCGGACUUACAUCCCCGCUACUUCCUGCCCGGGCAGCUGCAUGACUGAGUUACUGGAAAUUUGGGGCCAGUUUGGUAAUUUUAUGUUCGAGUUGAGAAAUAAACUUAUUAACCCGAAAAGACAGCUGAGUAAGUGUAUGAGAAGUCGUGUCAUUCCUGGGCCUGCUUCUGAGGCUUCACCGAGCUGUUUUUAACCAGCCCCUUCCUCUGAGCCCUCCCCGGGCCCUUGGCCCCGAGCCCCGUGCCAGGCUUUUAAAAAAGGGGCUCGUGGGGCGUGUUGUGCGUUGGUGUGCUUUCGUUUCCAGUCUCGGGAAGCCUUGUGAAUGUAAAAUGCAGCUAUUUGGAUCGGAAGUGGAGCGGCUAGAUGUGUCCUGUUCUUGAAUCUGCACUUAGGAGGAGAAAAACUCUCUUUAAAAAUUAUUAUUUUUCUAGUUUCUAGUUGUCCUAUCUAUUACAUCAAGAUAGCCUCAGUCAGCUCAGGUAUACCAGAAGUGGUUUUGAUUUCUAUUAAACGGUGGUGAGUUUGUCUUAGUUAAGUUUACUGAACGCUGAUUGUAGGUAGCAACUCAGAGGAGACUUUCCCCCUUCAUUUUGAAAGCAAACAGGUGACUUACAACUUGUAGUAUUUACUCAACACAACAAAGAUAGGCAGGGGAAAUUGAAAUGUUGCUAAAGAAAGACCUCAUGCCUUAAGAGGCCUGGCCUGUGUUUAUAUUUAAUCUGAAGUUAGUUAAAUUGGGUAUAAUUAAGGGCACUUGCCAUUUGACCUUGUGGAAGAAAAGGCAUAGGUGUGCAGGGCUGCGCCGUGGCUGGUGAUUCCCGUUGUGUGUGUGCGCCUGUGUGUACACAGACACACACACACACACAGAGCUGUUUGUGUGUGUGUUCACACGGCGUUUUCUUUGUAGCGAGUUGAAGACAGGUAAAGAUAGAAUAGUUUGUUUUGUUUUUAGUUUGCUGAAAUCUCCCUCUGGUGUGGUUAAUCCUGUUUAAAAUCUUCUCAAAAUAUUUCAGGUAGGCCUGGUUAAAUAGUAAUAAUCGAAACCCACUGAUAGUAAUGCUUAUUAAUCUUGCUUCAUUAAAACCCUUUUCUAAAAUUCCUUUUCCUUAGAGUUCUCCUUUUCAGGUCAGGAUGGGAUUUUGAAAAGCCAGCUUCCAGACCACAGUGUCUGUUACUAUUGAUCAUAUUGAAACCAAAACUAGCAUGUGGUGCUCCGAGUUCGCAUUCGGAUCCUUUAACUGACCUCCAUUGAUUUCGCCGUGAAUCAGUUUUUAACUGACCCUUACACAUGCUCACAGGAAGACGUUUUUAUAGUGCUGUGGUCUAAUGGCAUGUAAAACCUAGCUCUUGCGUGCACUUUGAAGAGAAUGAGACUGUCCCUCAGGAACUUCCCAAGCUUUGCUGUGACUGCCUUGUCAUGUUGGUUGUCAUCUCGGCCUGGUUCUUACUCUCUCGCUUUCGCUUAACUUUUAAGCGUCUCAGCUCUGUUAGGAAAGCAGGGUCGACCAUUUAGCCCUUGGUUGUGACCUUGGUGAUUUCCUUGAAAUAAUAGUGAAGGGUUUAAAGUUACAGGUUUUGAUUUCUGCUGAUGAUUGCUCCGUAAAGUCCUCUUUACUUGUCAGACUAAGGAAAAAAAUAUAGGACAGUUGACAGAAAUGAAGUUUUCUGACCAGGUCUGGGCUGUCCUGUCGGAGCCAACCACUGGCUUGCCAGCGGGGGGCAUUUGUUGGGGUUGGAUGUUUUCACAUUUAUUUGGAGAGGAGUAACUUGGGGGUAAAAAAGAUUUGCAGGAAUACUGAACAUUCCUUGGCUGUAGAUGGAAUUUUUAUGUUUUUGAGCAAUUUUAAUACCUGCUGCCUCACUAUGGAAAUAAUUCCAUACCAAGAGGCGCAGGACACCUGUGGGCCGAAGCAGGGGUGGGCGGCCCUGGCCCUGCAGGGCGGCAGCCUGAGUCCAUCCGGGUGAAGAGCAGGGUCAACUCACCACACUUUGUCGGCAAGGGUGGGGGGGGGUAGCAGUUACCCUAAUUUGUUGUGCUCAGGCAGGAAGAACUUCUUCUCUUUGAAAGCAUUGUCUGAUGUGUGAUACUUGCUAAUUUCAAACCCUACAGGGAGUGGCAGAACUCAGGGUAGCUCUGGUCCCUAGUGGCUGCCUACUGAGUCGUGCAGAAGGGGUGUCCUAGAGAGCCAGGCUGCUCUUCCAGGCACUUAGAACAAUGUGGUUCCUACUCCUUUUCAGAGAAUACGUUGUGGUAAAUUGAAAAAAAAAAAAACAAAAACCAAAAAAACUUAAGUCAUCACAAUAUAAAUUAAACCCUAGUAUUUUCUUAAAACAGAGGUCAAACCUUUGAAUAACUCUGGCUUCCGGUUCCUGGGGAAUUUGGCUGAAGGCUCUGUGCUGCCAUUUACCGCGAGUAAAGGUGUAACUUUUUUUUUUUUUUUUAAAGCUGAGGAACAUUUUUGCCAAGGCUGCCUCUGGGUGCGCCAAGUCUGCUCAGACCGCUCACUUCCCCACAAGUUUAGAAGCAUCUAAGCUGCGGGUGUUGGGCCAGAGUGACCCCUUCUCUCCCCCUCCUGCUCUGUUGACAGUUGGUUGACUGUGUAUCGGCAGGAUCUGGACGGGCAGCUGGCUUCUGUGGGCUCCACAGGUUUUGGAAAUCCCUUGUCUCCAGGCUGCUGGAAUCGACAUCUUGCUCAACUGAACCACUCACUCAAUGGAGACCAGGAGAACGGAUGCUUUGAGCUGACUCAUUUGCAUCAAAGCCUCAGAACGUCUGCCCGCCCUGUUAGUGGAAAGAACCAGCGACCGUCGCUCUGUGCUUCCUAAGACUUCGAAGGUCACCGGUUAGGGGAACACAAGCUUUCUUCUGAACUUUGAUGAUAAAUAUUUGCUCCAGUUUUGAAGCCUGGGGCUGCUGGAGGUGUGAGUGACAAGUCUCGCAAGUGGCCUUAUUCCAAUUUCAGAAUUUCCUCCACCUGGUUCUUAACUUCCUCUGCGAUCCCACAGGGACAGGAAAAUGCCCACUCAGUCCCUCUUAGUGUACAUGGACGGGCCGGAAGUCAUUGGCGAUGCGCUGGGCCCCCAGGUGGAGAUGGAGGAUGCCGUGCCCAUGAAGGGGACGCCCUCUGUGCCUUUCCGGGCGACGCCGGAGAAGAGCACGGCCCAGGUGGAGGGACCCCUGCCCCUCGACUGCAUGUUCUGCAGCCAGGCCUUCGCGCACGCGGACGACCUCAACAAGCACGUCUUGACGCAGCACCGGCCCAUCCUCUGCGAGCCGGCCGUCCUGCGCGUCGAGGCCGAGUACCUCAGCCCUCUUGAUAAGAGCCAAGGCAGGACGGACCCUCCCAAGGACAAGCCUGGCAAAGAAAACGAAGAACUGAGCUGUGAGGUGUGCGGGCAGACGUUCCGGGUGGCCUUCGAGGUGGAGAUCCACAUGAAGAAGCACAAGGACUCCUUCACCUACGGGUGCGCUGUGUGUGGGCGCAGGUUCAAGGAGCCCUGGUUUCUGAAGAAUCACAUGCGGACUCACACCGGCAAGUCGGGGGCCAAGGGGAAGCUGCAGCCGGGCCUGGAGAGCCCUGCCACCAUCAACGAGGUGGUGCAGGGCCAGGCCCCUGAGAGCAUCGCCUCUCCUUACAAAAUCUGCAUGGUUUGUGGCUUCCUCUUUCCAAAUAAAGAAAGUCUGAUUGAUCACAGGAAGAUGCACACCAAAGACAGGGCUUCCGGCCCCGGCCACACACAGGCCGACCCGCGGCAGGAGGGCAUGCGGGCCCCGGGGCAGGAGUUCCUGCAGUUUUUAAACCUCAGACCCACCUCGCACCCAGAGACCGGCCGGCAACCCGCCAAAUGGAUACCUCAGCUUGACCCCUUCACCACCUACCAGGCCUGGCAGCUGGCCACCAAGGGCAAGGUGGCCGUGUGCCGGGAGGUGAAGGAGCAGCCGGGGCAGGAGGGCAGCACCGACAACGACGACUCGUGCUCGGAGAAGGAGGAGCUGGGGGAGAUCUGGGGUGCCAGCAAGAGCCAGGCUGACGGCGCCGGCAAGGCCAAGGCGGGCAGGGGUGGUCCCCCCGGCCUGGCCCACGAUAAAGACAAGCCCCGCCACGCCAGCGGCGAAGUGCCUUCGGCCGACGGCGACCCCAAGCUGCCGGGCCACAAGGACAAGCCCACGCACUGCGCCGAGUGCGGCAAGGCCUUCCGCACCUACCACCAGUUGGUGCUGCACUCGCGUGUGCACAAGCGGGAUCGCCGGGCCGACGCUGGCUCGCCCCCCCUGGCCGCCGACGGGAGGCUGCCCGGGACGUGCUCCCCCGACCCCACGGCCCCAGACGACAGCGGCGCCGUGGACCGAGAAGGUGGUUCUGAAGAUGGGUCCGAGGACGGGCUCCCGGACGGGCUCCCUCUGGAUAAAAACGACGACGGAGGAAAGAUCAAGCACCUUCCGUCCUCGAGGGAGUGCAGCUACUGUGGGAAGUUCUUCCGUUCCAACUAUUACCUCAACAUUCAUCUCAGAACACACACAGGGGAAAAGCCGUACAAAUGUGAAUUCUGCGACUACGCAGCGGCCCAGAAGACCUCCCUGCGGUACCACCUGGAGAGACACCACAAGGACAAGCAGGUGGACUCGGCGGUGGAGGUCAAGGGCGACGCGAAGCCCCCUGAGGCCGAGGAAGCACUACUCUCCAGCGAUGCCGCGCAAACCAAAAAUUUGAAAAGAUUUUUUGAUGGUGCCAAAGAUGUUAAAGGCAGCCCGCCCGCGAAGCAGCUGAAGGGGGCGGCCUCUGCCUUCCAGAACGCCCUGGGCGGCGCUUCUCCUGCCCCCGCCCCCGCCCCCAGGGACACUCAGGACUUCAGCAGAAAUGUCCUCGCCGCAGAGGAUGCUGCAGAGAGAGCGCGCAGGAGCCCCGCCCCCGCAUACUUGGACCUGUUGAAAAAGAGACCCGUGGCGGAGCCUCCCGCCGGGCGCCCCCCAUGCACCCUGCACCCCGACAGCUCGGCCCUGAAGGCCAUCGAGGCCGUUCCCAAGGACAGGAGGGGGGAGCGGCCCCCCGACGCCCAGGAGAAGCCCUUGAACUUGUCGCUGGGGCCGCUGCACAGCUGCCCGGCCAUCUCUCUGAGCAAAAGUCUGAUCCCCAGCAUCACUUGCCCGUUUUGUACCUUCAAGACCUUCUACCCCGAAGUUUUAAUGAUGCACCAGAGACUCGAGCAUAAGUACAACCCCGACACCCACAAGAACUGCAGGAGCAAGUCCUGGCUGCGCAGCCGGCGCACGGGGUGCCCACCCGCACUGCUGGGCAAGGACGUGCCCCCGCUGGCCGCCUUCCACCGGCCGCGGCCCAGGGCGGCGCCCCCCGCCAAGCCCCGCAGCCGACAAGGCCAAGCCCAGCGCCCCACGCCCAGCCGCGCUGCGCCCCCCGUGGGGGCCGACCCCAGCACUUUAGCGCCCAGCAACCUGAAGUCUCACCGGCCCCCGCCUGGCCUUGGGGCGCCGGGGGUGUUCCCCAAAGCCAGCCACCCCCCUGGCCCGGAGAAGGCGCGGCGGCCAGAGGCCCGGCCCAAGCCCCCAGUGCUGGGUGGUGGCCACCCCAAUGGCCUGGCUGAGGGUGCCCCCCCGAGCGAGGGGCCCUGGGCGCCCCCUGCCAGAGACUUCUUCUGUGCUGAGCCGCUGCCCAAGCGCCCCAAGGCCGGCACCCCCGACGGGGACCCGCCUGCGCCCCCUGUCCGCAAGAGCUUCGACCACCUCCCCAAGUACCACGUGGUCCGAGGGAUCACCUCGCUGCUGCCUCAGGAAUGUGCGUGCCCCCCGCCCGUGGCGCUGCCCCCCAAGCCCCGCUUCCUGGGCUCGGCCUCCCCUGAGCCCCCUGGCGUGCUGACCCCACAGAAGCCCUACGCAGCCUCUGGGGCACUCUUCGCGUGUGGCCCCCCCGCGGGUCCCGGGCCGGGCCCAGCGCUAGAAGGAAAAAGGCCCGUGUCAUAUCAACACUUAUCUAGCAGCGUGCUACAGAAGAGAAACUACGAGAAUUUUAUUGGGAAUGCACCUUAUCGACCAAAUGACAAAAAAACUUGAUUUCCUGUUGGGGGAAGAGAGGUCUUGACGGAUGUGUGCACGCUCCAUGAAGUUAAAUCAGCUCCUCCCUUGAGAGCGCGGAUGGUGAAAGCUACUGAAAUAAGCUGUGACUGUACUGUACAUACGACGUGCCAGGAACACUACGGUUUUGUAAAGUUGUCCUGUAACUUUUGUACCAAAUAGCAAUAAAAACUAGAGUUGGAACGUUUGGUUGUACACAAAUGGAGACCAGAAAUCUCUAUUUUGUCCCGGAAUAAUAUUUUUUUUAGAUUUGACCAAAUAAGUGGAAUUCUUUUGCAUACUUGAGCGCUGCUGAGAAGAAAUCAUUUGGGUCAGGGGGUGGGGGGAGAAAGUAUAUAAUGCUUGCACCUCAGGUUAAAGUCUGUACAUAGAGAAGUUGUAAACCUGCUUGUUUCAACCCUGUCUGUGUCUUUGCUCUCGCUCGUCCCUUCGAGCAGUUUCUGCUACUUGUGCUCUUUUCGUUGAAAAUGUAUGUUUUUUAAAAAAAUUUCUCAAUGAUUUGUAUUAUGUUAAAUCCUUUGUAGUCUGUUGUUGUCCUAGUAACACAGUCAUUAGUGGAAGUCUUGGCCCGCUGAGGUCAGCGCCCUAGACCUGUGCCCCCCACCUCCGACAGGUCCCCGCCCCCCGGUGCUUUUCUGAGGGGGGGGGGUGGCUUACGGGAUUUUUAAGUGUGUGUGUCUGCCGAGAAGCAUUUCUCUGCAGAACAGCCAAAUACCCAGUAAACGUACCAAAUUAUACAUGGGAAGUUACAGUUGUUUUCUAGCAAAUUAAUCAUUUUUGUUGGAAAAUUCAAAGGGUGGGGGGAGGGCGGGGGUGCGCCUUGGUCCAAAUUAGCGCAUCGAAACGGAGGGAGCUAAAUUAUACCUGUGAAUUACCUAUUCUGGAAGCAAUUUUAAAGGCAGUAAAAGUUUCAGGGUCAAUUUUAGGUUUGUGUUUGGAAGACUUGGUGCUGCUGGCUUUUGGGUUAACCAUUCAGGUGAAAUUAGCGACACUCGAUUCUGAGUCGGGAGCUCCGGGCUGAGCCUUCUGGGAAUCUGGGAGAGGUCCUCUGCUUCGAGACCUCGGCCGCCUUCCCAUUUUUGGUUGUUUUGAAGCAGCAACAUUUUUCUCAGUGCAUAUGCAGUCUAGCUUUUAAAGAGGGGUGGGCCACCAGCUGGCUCCCUGGACAUUUUAAACUUUUGUUCCCUCGACACGCUGUCCAUGUCCCGAGUUUUCGCAGCACAUGGGCUUAGCAGCCACAAGAUAUUUUAUUAAGAAACUUUCAAAAAUAAAUUUGCACUGUUCAUCUUUCUUGCCCUGCCCUUCUCGGUCGAGCGAGGGUAAAGUUCUAGAAGAAUCCUGAUGUUUUUGUUUUCCCAUUAUGCAACGUGAAGUGAACUCGAUAGAGGAGUCUUAACUCCCGCGCAGGGAGACCCAGUUGGAGAGUCUGCUGGCAUCGCAAUGAAGUGCUUUGCAUCAGGAAAGUGGACAUUCUUGACCUUUUCCUGUUCACAAGCUGAGCCAUAUGUACAUAAUCUAGAUUUUUGUUUUCCUAGUUUUGCACUUUUAUAGCCUAUUUUUGAAGAUUAACACAAUUGCAAAUAAUUGACUUGAUCUUUGCCUAAGCCAGUGAGUGUUACAGAGAGCUUGCUGUGACUGUACGUGUAAAUCUUAAAGGGGGUAUGUGAUAAUAGAGGGCUGAAAUUUAAACCUGUAUUUAAAAAAAAUCACCAAAUCUAUUUGAAAACAAGUCAAUUCAUGUUAUGCUGAAAUUUUGGGGGCUUUUGGAUUUCUUUCUAACCACCCUUCUGGAUGCAUAAAAAUGUCAGUUUUUUUUUUUUUUCUCCACAGCCCUUGUAUCCAAAAUGUUGGUUUUUUUUUUUUUUUUUCCUUUUUUGUCCAUCAGUAUUAACUAUUGGGAUACUACUGGUUUUGUACACUUUCUUCCCUUUGAGACAACAGUACAAUAGAGGUACAAUCCGUUGGGGUUUUGUUUAUGUAUUUAUUUCAUUCCAGUUGGAUUUAUUUUAAUUGUCGAUACUUAAGUUGUCAAACAGUAGACAUUACUUGUUUUAUUUAUGAUAUAUUUCAGCUUAAAGUUAUGUUAUUAUAUGUGGAUGUAAAUAUAGAUUUGGUGUUUUGCAAUCUUGGAUUUUGGUCUCUUUAUUCUGUGUUCCUGGAUUCUGAUUUUAUUUAACAUUUUCUCAGUACAAUUUUAAACACACGGCAGGGCGGUCAGGCCAGCGCACCCCCAGACGUGACAGUCCUGGCCGGUCUUUUUGCCAGGCCUCCCCCACCCCUUCACACACACACAGUAAAGCAAGUCUCUCAACCACAGUUUACUUUUAUUCCCAGAACACUGUAUAGUGUGUGUCCUUUUCACCAUCACAAGCAAGUGACGAGGGGGGAGCCUGCGGUCGGUCCCGUCUGCUCCCAGGGUCCCCGGGAUGUCUUCCGGGGCUGGUCACUGGUGACCGGAAUCCCAAGGAGAUGCACCACCCGGCUUAGCUGAUUUUCCACACACCCCCCGAAAGUUGCAGGUUGUCUGCUCUGCGUUGUUUGUGUUUAUUGCAUAUUUGGUUUCGUGUAACCUCCACUCCCUUUAGUAAGGUCUAUACAUGUAUAAAUGAAAUCCUGAGGUUUAGACAGAUUUGAACUC